AUGUCCUUCCUGCGUACGAUUUCCCGUCCUGCCAGGACAGCAGCACCCAAGCCUUUCUCUCGUCCAUUCUCAUGCCUUACACCUCGCCUGUCCCCUUCCUCCACUGACACGACCUCUCCCAAAAUCCUUCUCGAAGACAAAGCCAACGGCUUCGGCCACAUCCGCCACAACCCCGUUCCGCCCAAGCCGCGCAGCAAGGGGGUGACGGAGAUUCGGGGGCCCUACUACAGCGUCAUGGGGCCGCGGUACCUGUCGGACGUACUGGAGACCAUGGGCCACCACGUCGACGGCCUCAAGUUCGCGGGCGGCUCGUUCUCGCUGUUCCCAGAGCCGCAGCUGCGCGAGCUGGUCGACAUUGCGCACCGGCACGGCGUGUACAUCUCGACCGGCGGCUGGAUCGAGCACGUCCUGGCCGGGACGGGCGGAGACGUGGGGAAGGGCGUGGAGAGGUACCUGGAGAAGUGCAAGGACCUGGGGCUCGACGUCGUCGAAGUGAGCACCGGCUUCUUGAGCCUGCCGCCUGACGACUGGCUGAGGGUCGUGGACCUGGUCCAUCAGAAGGGGCUCAAGGCGAAGCCGGAGCUCGGCAUCCAGUUUGGCGCAGGCGGCGACACCGAGGCCGGCGAGUUGGAGGCCAUGGGAACAAGUGACCCGAGCAGGGUGACGAACAUGGCGAAGAAGUUCGUGCAGGCGGGCGUGGAGAGGUGUAUGAUUGAGAGCGAGGGCAUUACCGAGAAUGUGAAUAAGCGGCGGACCGAUGUCAUUCAGCAGAUUUUGAGAGAGGUGCCCAUGGAGAAUGUCAUGUUUGAAGCAGCCGAUCCGAAGGUGUUCAACUGGUACAUUCGCGAGUUCGGCGUCGAUGUCAACCUCUUCGUCGAUCACUCUCAGAUUGUGCAGCUCUCCUGUCUCCGUCAUGGCAUCUGGGGCAUGGCCGACACGUUUGGAAAGAUCACGACUUUCCGGCCUUAG